AUGUGUGUUUAUAUAAAUUCAAAUAAACCAUAUAAUAACACAGAAUGUGGUGUAGUUAUGGACUAUAAAACAUAUUUGUGUUAUAAUAAUUCAUUGGAUUGCACAAAUGUGACAAAUAUUUACCCAAUCCCACCUUGUAGAACAAUAAAUGAAGGAGUCGAAAGAGUUUUGAAAUUUAUAGAUAGUUUUGGUAGUUUUUUAAAUUUCGAAAAAAGUCAUCUAUAUUAUUAUAUUAAUAAUGGAACUUAUUAUGCAAAUAGCGGAAAUUAUUUUAAAGAUGGUCUUGGACUUUUUAAAAAAACAUUUGUAAACAGUGGUAUUGUUAAUAAUCAAUAUAAUUUAAAUUUACAGAAUUUUAAUGUUGUUAUAGAUGGAAGCGGUUUUAAUUCAAGUUUUAUAGGCGGAAUAGAUGUCCACAGGGGUCUAUCUAGAAAAUAUAUAACAGGGAGUGAUGGAGUAGUAGUAUCUAUUGGAAAUUUAAACUUUAUUGGAUUCAUGGGGGAUAAAGAAAUAUUAUCAUUAAAUAAUGAAGAAAACCCAUAUCCUAAUUCGAUUUACAUAUCUUAUGUAAGUUUUAAAAAAUCAACAUCCCCGGUUAUAUCAAUGAUUUUGGAGGGUUCAAUUGUAAUGGAAAGUUGUGUUGUUGACCAAGUUCAUACAGGAAAUGGGGUGUCACCGUUUUAUUUUGAAAACAUGUAUAUCAAAAUAAUGAAUAUGGGAAUUUAUCAGUCAUCGGCCUUGCUUAAUUCUUUUAUAUCAGUACAUGAUAGUAGCUUUUAUUUUAUGAAUAGUGUCGUUCAAGAUGUAGCAGUAAAUUCAAAUUUCAACAAUCAUAAUCUAGCUCUUAUUUCAAUGGUUCAUUCAAAUUUCGAAAUAAACUCAAACAUAUUUUACAAUAAUAUUGGUAAGCAAAUAUACCUUGAUAAUUCAAAUUUUAAAGAAGAAUUUGUCGGGUUCUAUAAAAAUAAUUUCACUUCCAAUACAAAUGUAAAUACAAACAGUUUUUUAAGUAUUGUAGAGAUGCCAGGAUACAAUCAAAGUAUAGUAAAUUCAACUUUAUAUAGAUUUGAGGAGUGCACCUUUGUUAAUAAUAUUGUAGUUGAUGAUACAAAUAAUAAUUGUUUAAUAACAUUAAGAUCAGUAAACUUUGAAUUUUAUUCAUCAAAUAUUCACGGAAAUUCAACAGAUUGUAUCAAUUUUAUAACAUUCAAUGCAGAAAACAGCCUAAUUACCAUUUUGGAUAGUGUAUUGCCAAGUAACAGAUUUGUAAUUGGUAAAAAUGACAAUAUAAUAGUCCACAACUCGAAUAUUUCAAAUGAUCAUGCAAACUAUAAUUUAUGUAUAGAUUGUAGCUAUGAUAUUGUAUCUCAAUCAUCUUCACAGGAAAUAAAAACAGGGUCAGAAUCAAAGAGAAAGUCGAGUGUGGGUGAAACAAUAAAAUUGGUCUUCUUAAUAAUAGGAAGUAUGGUUUCAGUUUUAUUAAUAUACUAUUUAAUAUAUUGUAUGUUUAAUAAAAUUAAAAAACAUUCAAAUGAAUAUGGUUAUUCGAAAAUUAAUUAA